CCGGGCAACACACUAAGCAAACAUUGCGUCAAAGGAGAACUGUGAAGGGGAAGAUGUGACUGUCCCACUCAAAUUGAUUGUCCUCGCCUCUCCACGUCGCCAUGGGUCUUCGAGGAUCCAAGCUACCCGAGGUCCAAGUUCUCCUGCUGGGCCUGGACAACGCCGGGAAGUCGACGCUCCUCUACAAACUGAAGCACCACGCGUGUGUCAGCACCGUCCCCACUAUCGGCUUCAACGUGGAAAUGAUGGAGGCGAGAAAGAGUGGGAAGAACAUCGCCCUGAUCCUGUGGGAUGUGGGUGGUCAGUGGAAGAUGCGGGAGCACUGGAGGAGUUUCCACCAGGACGCAGGGGCCGUGGUGUUCGUCGUGGACAGCUCGGACAAGACGCGUCUGGAGGAGGCGCGCAGGGAGCUGGACAAGACGCUGAGGAGCGAGCAGCUGACGGGACGUCCGCUCAUUCUGUUCGCUAACAAACAGGACGUGAACGGAGCUCUGACCGUCACGGAAAUCAAGGACAGGUUCCACUUGGGGAAGAUGUGUCACGGGCGGGACUGGUUCGUCCAGCCUUGCUCGGCGUCCACGGGAGUUGGAGUCGAAGAGGCUUUCAGACGAGUGGUCCAACUGGUCAAACUCCCAUCAGAACCCGGGGCGAUGAAAGACAACAUCAAGGAUAAAGUGCACUACCUUAGAGCAAGCAGCAGACAUUAAGUUUUAUUUAUUUAAAUGUGUUAAUUUUUUAGGGCCCGAGCACUGACAGGCACUGACAGGCAGUGAUGCCCUAUUGAAAUUGAAAGGAUUUUUUUUUUCAGGCAAAUGAAUUGGCUUUUUGUUAUUAUACAUUUUCUUUGGUUUUUAAUUUAAUACUUUUUAUUAUUUACCUCCUGCGCAGCAGCGGACUGCGCAGGAUUAAUUUAAUUUAAUUUAAUUACAUUUUUUAUUUGAUGAUGCUUGUUCUUUUUUUGGGAAGUUUCUUUAUUGAAUAUUCACAUUACAUUGAAACUCCUUUAUGUCAAAGGUAAAUCAUAUUUAAAGAGAUUUGAUGUUUUGCUUCAGUCUGUACAAAAAAGAAGUAAUAAAUAACAGUAACAAGUGCAACUAUAGACUUUUGAAAUAAACAUUGAGUAAAAUAAAAGGCUAUUAUUAUGGUAUCAAGGACAUCACAGGAAACAAAAUACGCAAUGAUAUAUCAAAACAACUGUCGAGUACGACAAGGAGAGGUUUUCACUGGUGUGUGCAUAUCUUCUUUCAAUAAUUAAACAGAGUUCGAUUAUC